AUGGUUCAUUGGUCUGGAUUGGCAGCGAUUGCAUUAGCUUUGCCUUUAAGUGCAAUGGCAUUUCAACUAGAGCAAAUGCCUUUCUCUGACAGGUUCCCUCGCAAGAAAGAUGCCCUCGAUCAUGCACACAAACUUCUUCGUCACCACCCCGUUAUUGACACUCAUAACGAUUUGCCUUUACAUUUGGCCUUUGUUUACAAUGGCAAGAUCAAUGACAUGAACUUUACCAAGUUUGACUGGGGACACACGGAUAUCACUCGUCUUCAUCAAGGACAUGUUGGCGGUCAAUUCUGGAGUAUCUACUACGAAUGUGAUGAUACGGAGGCUAAUCAACUUUUGAAAGCCAUGGAAACGAUUGAUGUGGUUCAGAGAAUGGUGAAUUUGCAUCCUGAAACAUUCCAAAUAGCUACAAAUACCAAGGAAUUUGAACAUGCUUUGCGUCAUGGAAAAAUUGCAUCUGCUAUGGGUAUGGAAGGGGGCCAAAUGAUUGAUAGCUCUAUGGUAGCUCUUCGUCAAUUCUAUGACCUUGGUAUCAGAUACAUGACUUUGACUCACAACUGCCACACUCCUUGGGCUGAGGCUUGUUGCGAUGCCAAUCCUCCUGCUUUUGAUAAAGGAUUGGGUUUAACAGAUUUUGGCAAGGAAAUCGUUUUGGAAAUGAACAGACUUGGUAUGAUGGUUGAUAUCUCUCAUGUUGCUCAUUCCACAAUGCAUGCUGUCCUCAAUACCACGCGUGCUCCAGUCUUGUUCUCUCAUUCUUCCAGCAAUGCCCUUUGUGACAUUGAGAGAAACGUACCUGAUAGCGUGCUGGAGCGCUUGGAUGAAACUGAUGGUGUAGUACAAGUCAACUUUUAUAACGCAUUCGUUCAAUGUGACCCUGAUAAGGAAGCAACUUUAUCUGAUGUCGCUGAUCAUAUUGAGCACAUUGCUUCGGUGGCUGGCUAUCACCGUGUUGGUCUUGGCGCUGAUUACAACGGUAUUGAAGCGACUCCUACCGGCCUCGAAGAUGUCUCAAAGUACCCUGAUUUGUUUGCUGAGCUGAUCCGCCGUGGAUGGAGUGAUGAACAUUUGAUUGGUUUGGCUGGCAGAAACCUUUUGCGUGUAUGGAGAGAGGUUGAAAAAGUGAGUGAAACGAUAGCAAAGGCAAAGGAGUUGCCAUCUGAGGCAAAGAUUGGUGAUUUCAAAUAA